AUGGCUAAUGUAAAGAGUAGAGUUAAUACUACUAAAACUGCAUCUACAAAAAUUAAUGGGAAGGGAAAGGUCGGCAGACCAAAAAAGUCAAUAAUUAAUGUUCAAAAUGUGACAGGGAAAGAUGCCUUGAAACGACAACUAAGAAGAAAAGAUAUUGAAGUUCUACCUGAAAUAACACCAAAUUCUGAUAAUAAAGACAAGAAAGUGGGUAAUACAACAAAUUUAAAAAAAUUGCUGUCUAAAAGUGGCCAUAUUCGACACAAAAAUAAAAUUGAUAUAAAAAUAUUUGACAAAAUUUUAAAAUCUGAAUUACAAAUUGAAGACAACAACCGCUCAUUAAGAAGCGAGGUAAGAAAAACACGAUUUAACAACAACAAUGACAUUCAGGUAUUGAAUGCCCAAAAAGACAGAACAUCAGAAGAAAUUGUAUGUGUGGAUAAUAAUAAAAUUGAAAAAGACACUGAAGUCACUACUUCAUCCAAUAAAUUUAAAAAAAUAGCUAAGAAUAUUAAUUAUAAAAAUACCACAAUUUUUACUAAUGGACAGCUGUUUAUAUGUGAUUAUUGCAAUAAAGAAUUCAAUACUAGAGCAUCAAUAAGGCGACAUCUCUUUCUUCAUGAUAAAGUAACAUCAUAUUCUUGUCCGCAGUGUAAGAAAUAUUUUAGUAACCAUCUUUAUUUAGCAGCGCAUACAAAGAGGCAACAUCCAAAUUGGGAGAAACACUUUAUGUGUAACAUUUGUGAUAGACCAUAUUUGCUAAAAUCAAAUUUAAAACUACACUUGGCUAGUCAUAGUCGUAAUGAAAAAAUGUUUAAGUGCAUAUAUUGUAAAGAAAAAUUUGCAGACCAAUAUUUAUUAAUCGAUCAUGAAAAGCAGCACUUAGUUGAUGGAAAAUAUUUAUGUAUUAUCUGUGAAACAGCUUUUGAUUGUAGAAACAGAUUAACAUUUCAUUAUAGGUCUCAUUUGAAAGUUAAAGAUUUUGUGUGCCAGCAUUGUGGAAAGGAAUUCUUGAGGAUGAAUUCAGUGAGACGUCAUGUUCAAGUCUGUCAUUCUGGUCACAGACUUCAAUGUAAAAUAUGUAAGAAAUAUUUAAAAGGUCAUUUAUCUGAACACAUGCGUACCCAUGAUAAAAAUCGUCCCCAUGAGUGCCCUGAUUGUGGACAGCGUUUCACACAAUCCACACAGCUGACAGUGCAUCGUAGGUCACACACUGGUGUUCGUCCUUAUACAUGUAGAAUCUGUCAACGCCCUUUUUCACACUCCAAUGCAUUGAUGCUCCAUAUUCGUCGACACACAGGUGAAAAACCUUUCAGUUGUGCAAUGUGUCCUAUAUCCUUCUCACAAUUGCCACACAUGAAGGCUCACAUGUGUAAGAUCCACGGAAAGGAAGAUCCAUAUAGGUGUCAGAAUUGUAAGCAGUUCUUUAAGCUCAAGGUUGGAUUAGAAGAACAUUUAAAAUCUUGUAUUAAAACCAAAAAAGGCUUAGAAGCAGUUGAGAAAGAAGAUCUAAAUGGGGAGUCUCCUGCUCAGCUGUCUCGUAUGAGGUUUCUUCUUGCCUUGCUACUCACUAUGAUUGCCACCAAAGAGAAACUAAAGAUUUUAGGUUUCAACAAGCGACUAAUUGAUGACCUACUUGUGGAAUCUUUGGAAGCUAUGCGCUACAAGCCAUGCAAGGAUAAAAACUUGACUUCAUUUAAUCGCCUAAAGAUAAAUAUAGAAAUGUUAUUGGAAGGGACUGUGCCAUCGGAACAAAUGGAGAAAUUAAAGAAAGACAACAAAACCACAGAACAAAUUCUGGAAUUAUUGACAGACGAGAAAAAACGUAAUUAA